UUUAUUUCAGUUACAAUAGCAGUUAACUGUUUCAUGUUUUGAAGUAGGGCAGAUACAAUUCAACUCAACUUCUAUGAUGUCCGCCGCUGUUCUGUAAACUGUUUGCGUGAUAGUAGGGAGUAAAUAAUAUUCUAACCAAGCAUGGGGGAAAGUACGGUUACCCUGAGGACAAAAAAAUUUAUGUCAAAUCGGCUAUUGUGCCGUAAACAAAUGGUUGUAGAUGUAUUUCAUCCUAACAAAGGCUCUGUUCCUAAGACAGAGAUUAGAGAAAAAUUAGCUAAACUGUAUAAAACUACUCCAGAUUUAAUAUUCUGUUUUGGCUUCAGAACACAAUUUGGUGGUGGAAAAUCAUCAGGAUUUGCUUUAAUAUAUGACACAUUAGACUUCGCUAAAAAGUUUGAACCUAAAUAUCGUCUCAUUAGGAAUGGUUUUGGUGAGAGGCAGAAGACUGGAAGAAAACAGAGGAAGGAAAGGAAGAACAGAAUGAAAAAAGUUAGGGGAACAAAGAAAGCUAAAGUAGGCGCAGCAGCAGGAAAGAAGAAACACUAAAGAUGCACUUCUGGGAGCUUUCUGGCAUAAGUCUGGAAAUCUGCUAUUGUAUGUCUAUCACGCUUUUAAAAUAAAGGUUAAAAAAAAUUGUA